AGUAGUUCCCAGACUAGCUUCCAAGUGUCUACAGAAAUACUGUGUAAUUAGACAAGGAAUCUAUUCGAUGCUAUAAGGGUAAUUAAGCAAAACAAGGUAAAGUUAAUGAAGAAACAGUUUGUUGUUAUUAAACUGGUGUUUGGGAAAAGAUUACUUUGAAGAUGGAAGGAAGAGAAAAGGAACUUUUUUGCUUCUUCCAAAAGUGACUUCUGGAUAUUUGCAAGGCCUUGAGAGAUUUAUGGCACAGAGAGUCUCCUAGCUACUCAAGAAAUGUCUUCACUUUCAGAAUAUGCUUUGCGCAUGGCUCGUCUGAGUGCCCGGCUCUUCAAUGAUGUUGCCCGACCAACUGAUUCCAAAUCCAUGAAAGUAGUGAAACUAUUCAGUGAGCAGCCACUGGCCAAGAGGAAGGAGACUUACGACUGGUAUCCAAAUCACAACACAUAUUUUGGUCUCAUGCGCACACUCCGUUUUCUUGGCCUCUACAGAGAUGAGCAUCAGGAUUUUAAGGAUGAGCAAAUGCGUCUAAAGAAGCUUCGUGGAAAGGGAAAACCAAAGAAAGGAGAAGGGAAGAGAGCAACAAAAAAGAAGUAGUGUUGGCCCAUCAGGAGAGAAAAUUUCAACUGCGAGCCAAAAUAAAUCUUUUCUCUAUUAAAAAAAAAAAAGACAGAAAGAGAAUUUCUUCCUCAGUGAUUAUGAGAAGAAAGUAUUAUCUUUCCACGUAUUU